AUGCUCCAUCACUCCUCGUCGAUGACGCGUCAACGAGGACGGCAUUAUCUUUUCAACAAGAGUUUGCUGCUCCAACUUGUCCAACCCGCAUUUUCCUCUCAACAACAACAACGAUUCUUUUCCACCUCCCACUCUCAUCAACAACAUCAAACCAUGAUCCACAAAAUUUUACAACAAUAUGCUCCUCAGGAUCAUGGAUUGGUGAGCUCGGGAGAUUAUUUACAAAUUUCUCCUCAUCAUAUUUUAACUCAUGACAAUACAAGUGCGGUCAUGAUCAAAUUCAAAGCCUUUUUCGAAGAAUGUAAAAAAUCACUCAAAUUUGCAAAUCCAAAACAACCCGUCUUUGCUCUCGAUCAUAACAUUCAGGACACUUCCGAAUCCAAUCUCUCCAAAUACAAAAAAAUUGAAAAAUUUGCCUCAGAAAAUGGAAUUGUCUUUUAUCCUGCAGGAAGAGGAAUAGGUCACCAAGUCAUGAUCGAAGAAGGAUAUGCUUGGCCACUCACAUUUACAACGGCAAGUGACUCUCAUUCGAAUAUGUAUGGAGGAAUUGGAUGUUUGGGAACUCCUGUAGUGAGAACAGAUGCUGCUGCCAUUUGGGCAACUGGAUCGACUUGGUGGCAAGUUCCUCCAAUUACAAGAGUUGAGUUGACUGGAAAAUUGAGGGAAGGAGUGAGUGGUAAAGAUGUGAUUAUUGAAUUGUGUGGACUUUUUAAUCAUGAUGAGGUGUUAAAUCAUUGUGUGGAAUUUACUGGUGAGGGAAUUAGUUCAUUGUCAAUUGAUGAAAGAUUGUCCAUUUCCAAUAUGACUACUGAAUGGGGAGCUUUAGCUGGUGUUUUUCCAGUAGAUUCUCAAACCAUUGAAUGGUUAAAAAAGACUCAAAAUUCAAACAAAUCCAAAGACAUUCAAGAAUUAGAACAACGUUACAAAAAAUUCGCUCCUGACUCUGAUGCGCGAUACGUUCAAACUUUGAUUUUGGAUCUCUCAACUGUUGAACCUCAUGUCUCUGGACCAAAUCACGUCAAAGUCAUGCAGAGUGUCCAAGAAAUUGCAAAAAAACAAAUUCAAGUACACAAGGCCUAUAUUGUGUCAUGUGUGAACAGUCGAGUGAAUGAUCUUCAUCAAGCAGCCAACGUCAUUAGAAAAUCCUCUCAAAAAACAAUUGCACCAGGUGUUGAAUUGUACAUUUCUGCCGCGAGUGACAAAGUUCAGAAAGAAAGUGAACAACUUGGAGAUUGGCAUUUAUUGGUACAAGCUGGUGCUAAAGUUCUUCCACCCGGAUGUGGACCUUGUAUCGGUUUGGGAACUGGUCUAUUACAAGAUGGAGAAGUAGGAAUUUCGAGUACGAAUCGAAACUUUAAGGGACGAAUGGGAUCUCGAAAUGCAGAAGCUUAUUUGGCGUCACCUGAAGUCGUGAUGGCCAGUGCUUUGAAGGGUUUCAUUUCUCUUCCAGAAUAUUUCUCUACAAGCAGCACCAAAGGUGCAAAGUUUACCAAAAUCGAUCAUUCACAAAGUGCUACAUCGUCAUCGUCUUCCCUCACUAAAAUUAUUGACGGAUUUCCUGAAGUGAUGGAAGGAGAAGUAGUUUUUAUUCAUCAAGACAAUCUCAAUACGGAUGGAAUUUAUCCUGGAAAAUACACCUACAAGGAAUCCAUCACAUCAGAAGAACAAGCCCAAGUGGCAAUGGAAAAUUAUGAUGCAAACUUUGUUAAAAUUGCCAAGAAGGGUCACAUUCUUGUGUGUGGUUACAAUUUUGGAACUGGCAGUUCGAGAGAGCAAGCGGCUACAUGUUUGAAAUAUUUAGGUAUUCAAGUGGUCAUUGGUGGAAGUUUCAGUGAAACAUACAAGAGAAAUGCCACCAAUAAUGGAUUCUUAUGUAUUGAGGUACCCCAACUAGUGGACUAUUUGAAAGAAACACAAGGUACCAGCAAGGAGACUGUUCUCGUCCGCAAUGCUAAAAUUCGAAUUGAUUUUAGAAAUUCAUGCUUGACUUUACUGGAAGGGGAUUCAAAGAAAGAAUAUCAAUUCCAUCCUGUUGGUCCCGUGGCUCAAGAAUUGAUUGUUCUUGGUGGAUUGGAACCUCUAGUCAUUCACAAACUCAGCAAUCAACAAUAA